CGGAUUAUUUUAUUUUUCUUUUUAUUCCCGCUGUAAUAUUCAUCAAUCUUAAGGUAGUAUUAAUGGAGUUUGGAUUCGGCAUCGCGGGUUCCUCCGGCAACGGAAUGAGUUCUGAAGUUCCGGUAGAAACCUCUUCGGUCGCCAUGGUUGUGCCAUCCUCACCGCUGCCCUUGGAGUCAAGUGUGGGGGCCGCCACCAUGACCUCCUUUUCGAUGCCGAGCUCGAUCUUCGGGUCGGCCCCUCGACCCAUUCCGGGGCUCGAAACCACGGGUGGUUACCCUGUCGGUAAUACGAACCCGUUCCUUGGACCGUCUAUGGCUUCGGCCACGACGGUCAACUUCGGACCGAACACGAGUUUCAACGCACCGGUCAAUCCAUUUGUCGGACCUCAUUGGGCGUCCAACGGGCCUUUCCUCCAUACGCCCAAUGAAGUAGGGCCAAUUUCAGUGCCCACUAGUACGGUCCAAAGGCCACCAAAGUUCAAUGGCACGAACUUCAAAAUGUGGCAACAAAAGAUGACGUUCUUCUUGACUGUCCUAGGAUUUGCUGAAUACCUACAGCAAGAUCCUCCUGAGGCGAAUGACAAUAAUGACCCCCCCGUGGCGAUGGUGAACCAAGCAUGGUACCACAAUAACUAUCUCACCAUCAACUACAUCCUCAAGGGGUUGGCCGAGACGCUGUAUUGCGUCUAUGCCGGUGCAAAGCUUGGAAAAGAGCUUUGGAGUAGCUUGAACAAGAAGUAUCAAGCUGAAGAUGCCAGCACGAAGAAUUUCAUCGUCGGGAAGAUGCUGGACUACAAGAUGGUUGACAGCAAAUCUGUUGUCGCCUAGGCUGAGGAGCUUACAGUAAUCUUCAAAAAAUGCAAUGACGAGAAAGUAGGCGUCAGCGAGGCCUUUCAAGUGGCAGCCGUCAUCCACAAACUUCCACGCUCUUGGGAAGACUUCCAAGCCGAUCUCAAGCUCAAAAGAACGGAGCUGAACCUGGAGCAACUGCUCACGCGGUUGAGAAUCCGAGAGGAGGGGCUUGCUAGAAGAGGUGGAGGGGCAAUGGCGAAAGUGGUAAAACAUCCGUCGGGCUCUUCACAUGGCGGGAAGGACAAAAAGAAAAUAGGUCCUAAGGG